AGCUGUAUUCAAUAACAAAAUCGAGUUGGUUCAUCUCGCAUUUUUAACCUUGAGCUGUUUCUACUGGUUUGAUCCUUUUCUUCAGUAUCAGAGAAAAGUUGCAAAUAUGGCAAACACCGACCAAGAAAUUGCUCCACUUAUUGAAAAAAGCCAGCAACCCCAAGAUUUGGCAAUUGAUAUCCCUGAAGAAGACUUAGAGCCUGCGCCUGAGUGUUGUAUAUAUCAGGUCCCUAGUCGUUUUCGUGCAGCAAACGGAAAAGCCUACACUCCACAGUUGAUUUCAAUAGGGCCUCUUCAUCAUGGUAAGACAAAUUUGGGUCGAAUGGAGAGGCAAAAGCAGAGAUAUUACGAGAAAUUUUUGCAAAGGAUUUCCAAGGAGACUUUGAACGAACUUGAGAGCUACGUCAAAAAGCAAGUAAAACGUAUAUGCCGGUGUUAUGAUGUUCAAUUUGCCUUGGCCACUGAGUCAAAGGCUUUCGAGUUUAUGAAGAUGAUACUGUAUGAUGCAGUCUUUAUCGUUGAGUUGUUCUUGAGAAACUUUGAAAAUGAAGUCAACCAUAGAGAAUGGUUCAAUGUUGAACUUCAAACGGAUUUGAUGUUACUAGAAAAUCAACUCCCGUUCUUUGUCCUCGAAGAUCUAUAUAACUUGGCUUUGACUGCCUCUGAUAAACCCUCUUUUCUCCGUCUUGCUUGCUUGUACUUCAAAGUCGAUGAAUAUGUAGCAUCAGACGAGAAGGGGAUUAAACACUUUACGGAUUUGAUUAGAUAUUAUCAAGUGAGAACUCGCCCCUCAAACUUUGUUGAGAGAACUGACAGCACAUACAGUGCAACGAUGUUACGUGAUGCUGGUGUUCAUUUUAAAGCUGUAGAAGACUGCUUGCUUAACGUCAAAUUUGAGGACAACGAACUACAAAUCCCAUCUCUUCGUGUGGAGUAUGAAACUGAGACUUUUUUAAGAAACCUGAUUGUCUUUGAACAAUGUCAUUAUCCAAAGGAAGCUUAUAUUUGUGGUUAUAUUCACUUAUUAAAUUCUUUUGUUGAUGCUGUUGAAGAUGUAAAUUUACUGGUAAAAAGAGGGAUUAUUUCUCAUACAGUGGGAAGCAAUGCAGCUGUGGCAGAUAUGAUUAACAACCUUAUGGUGGGAGUUACAAGUUUGUGCUACUACAAAAUCGGAAAGGAUCUAAUGCAGUAUUCUCUAAAGCCUAUAAAACAGCUUCGUGCAAGAACGGUCGGUUAUAUAACUCCUGGGAGUGUGAUAGCGAUUUAUUUGGGGUAUUUCACUAUCAUACAAACUAUAUUGGCAAUCUUGGAUCGAGUAAAGCCCGUAAAAUAA